ACAAUUUUGACCUAAAUUACCAAAAUGCCUCACGUGAGCCGUACAGUGGCUGUUCCGUAUACGAACUCUUCCCCUGCAUUGGCCGACAUUUGUCUCCGUUUGGAAUUGCUCUGACAGAAUCUUUGCCGCCGAUCUGGUCAGAGCUUCUGUUAACAAUGGAGAACGCCGAUGUUUUUGGUUCGUCGACGGCGCCUCUGACUUGGCACGACUUCCUCGAGCGAAUGCGCCAGCCUUCGGCUGCCGAGUUCGUCAAAGCCAUAAAAAGAUUCAUAGUAUCAUUUUCAAACAAUGCUCCAGAUCCAGACAAGGAUAGUACAACAGUGCAGGAGUUUCUUGGGAACAUGGAAGCUGCUUUCCGGGCACAUUCACUUUGGGCUGGCUGUUCUGAGGAGGAGCUAGAGAGUGCGGGAGAAGGGUUAGAGAAAUAUGUCAUGACAAAGCUGUAUCCACACGUUUUUGCCUCACAUCCUGAAGAUGUGAAAGUUGAUGAACAACUUCAUAAAAAGAUGGCUUUGAUUCAACAUUUUGUCCGGCCAGAGAAUUUGGAUAUCAAGCCAGUCUUUCAAAACGAGACAUCAUGGUUG